CGUUAACGGGACCUUCGCCGAAGUCAAGGACAGGAUGUUCUCGCACUUGCCCUCCCUGCAGCUGCUCUUGCUGAACUCUAACUCCUUCACUGUUAUCCGAGAUGAUGCCUUUGCUGGUCUCUUCCAUCUAGAAUACUUAUUCAUUGAAGGAAACAAAAUUCAAACCAUUUCAAGAAAUGCAUUUCGUGGCCUUCGAGACCUAACUCACCUUUCUUUGGCCAAUAACCAUCUUAAAGCUCUGCCAAGGGAUGUCUUCAGUGACUUAGAUUCUUUAAUUGAACUAGAUUUAAGGGGAAAUAAAUUUGAGUGUGACUGCAAAGCCAAGUGGCUGUUUUUGUGGUUAAAGAUGACAAAUUCCACUGUUUCUGAUGUCCUGUGUAUUGGUCCAGCAGAAUAUCAGGAUAAGAAGUUAAACGAUGUGACAAGUUUUGAUUAUGAAUGCACCACUACAGAUUUUGUUGUUCACCAGGUUUUGCCCUACCACUCAGUGUCCGUGGAUACAUUCAACUCUAAGAACGAUGUGUUCGUAGCCAUUGCACAGCCCAGCAUGGAAAAUUGCAUGGUCCUGGAGUGGGAUCACAUUGAAAUGAAUUUCAGGAGUUAUGACAAUAUCACAGGUCAGUCCAUAGUGGGAUGUAAAGCCAUUCUUGUUGGUGACCAAGUCUUUGUGGUGGUGGCACAGCUCUUUGGUGGCUCACACAUUUACAAGUAUGACGAAAGCUGGACAAAGUUUGUUAAAUUCCAGGAUAUCGAAGUGUCUCGCAUUUCCAAGCCAAAUGACAUAGAGCUUUUUGAGAUAGACAGCGAGAUGUUUUUUGUUAUUGCAGAUAGCUCGAAGGCAGGCUUGUCAACAGUGUACAAGUGGAAUAACAAAGGUUUCUACUCCUACCAGUCACUUCACGAGUGGUUCAGGGACACUGAUGCCGAGUUUCUGGAUAUAGAUGGGAAGUCGCAUUUAAUCCUCUCUAGCCGCUCACAGGUUCCCAUCAUACUCCAGUGGAACAAAGUUUCAAAGAAGUUUGUCCCACACGGUGAAAUCCCCAACAUGGAGGACGUGUUGGCUGUGAAGAGUUUUAGGAUGGAAAGCAACCUGUUCAUCACCCUCACGAGGUUCAUUGGCGACUCCAGAGUCAUGAAAUGGAAUAGCAAACAGUUUGUGGAGAUCCAGGCUCUUCCGUCCCGCGGAGCCAUGAUACUGCAGCCUUUCUCCUUCAAGAGGAAUCACUACCUGGCCUUGGGAAGUGACUAUACCUUCUCCCAGAUAUACCAGUGGGACGGUGAGAAGAAGCUCUUCAGGUUGUUCAAAGAAAUCUACGUGCAGGCACCACGUUCAUUCACAGCCGUGUCAACGGAUCGACGAGAUUUUUUCUUUGCUUCUAGUUUUAAAGGAAACACACAAAUAUUUGAACAUAUCAUCAUUGACCUGAGUUUAUGAGAAGCUGCUGGAGUGAAAUGCAUUUAGAAUGGCAUUUAUACACAAGCAAAACAGAGAGACCUGUCCAAAAAUAGGGGGCACCUGUGGAUUGCGACAGCAUUUUGCGGACUUUUGAAACUUGCCUAUUAAUCAGGGAUUGCAUCUACUUGGUUGCUGCAUGUCAUGUCCAUUUUAGCCUUUUUCAAGAACAUGUUACAAUCUGCAGUCGUUCAGAGGAGAAUGCUAUGCAUUAGGAUUAAUUUUGACAUUGGUCUGCAUUUUACCCCGAAAACUGCCUUAAAUUGGUUAUGUUAUUAAACAAACAAACAAAAAACAGAGAGGAAACCAUGCAUAGAAAGGUCUCAGUUCCUCAACUAACAUCUCAGUAGUGCUAUUUAAGAUGGGAGGCAGUUGUACAUAGUUGCUGAUGAGCUGUAAAAGUGAACAGCAGCUUUCCAAAAUGCACUUCUUGCUUAGUUCUUGAGGAAUGUCUUCAAAAUCUUUGUGGUUUAUAAUAAGCCUAAGGCAUCACUUUAAUUCAUUGCAGAUCAAAAGGAAAGCCAUAAUCCACUGCUAUUUUUCUUCCCUUAAUCGGUAUUUAUUUCAGUAACAGAUUGUGUAUUGCAAAUAGCCCAGACCACAAGUGCUGGGUAGCCAGGAAAAGAAGGGUCUGUCACUUCUGGAUGGUGGCAUCUUAACAGUGUUGGGUUAAUACUGUGAAAGUGACAGAGAGCUGCUUGGUGGCAUGAGGGAAUCAAGUGCAAGCUCAGCCCAAUUCAUAAAGUAUUAAUAACUUUUCCAUAAAUACACCUCAUCUGGCCUUCAGCCACAGUCUUCCUGAUGAUUCCAGGUAGCUUCUGGGGUAUUUUAAGAAGCAAGAAAUCUGUCGUGCUUUUCUAGAAAGCACAGCUUAAAUUUAGUUUGAACGAUACAUCUGUGUCACACAUCCUCUGAGCUGGAGCUCUUCUGCACACGGGGAGCUCAUUAUUCUCCAGCAUUCCCGCUCCCGUGCAGCCCCAAGCCGUGAAUGCAGGCACAGGUCAUCACAAGCUGUGUUUGGGGAAUUCUCCUGUCUGAGAUCCAAGUGCUACUUUGGUGGCACCAAAUCUUUUGAAACCAAGGCACCUGGAGCCGUUUCAAGGGACGCCUAACCCUGUUUCAAAAUAGGAAUUUUCCUCUUGAUCAUUCCAGGCUUUUGCCAUGAUGCUGGACAAAAAGUCAGAUUGAACAGCAGGAUGUGAACAGACCACGCUAUAUUGGGUACUCUAAAAAUAUCUCGGGUGGCUCCAGAUAGAGACGCUCCCUCAUCCUCAGCAGGGCGCUCCGGGCAUGGACAGAGCCUGUGCCAGGCUGUCUGCGCCUGAAUCCAAAAGAAGCUGCCGCUCAGCGCUGCCUUUUGUUUCACCCCACACUAUGUGUUGUUAAACUUCCCUCCCGAUGAGCCUGCUAUGCCGUGAGCCUGUCCCUGCUGCGCUCCGGUCCCGGGAACAACAGGGCUUUGCGCAAGGCGGGCAGAGCGCGUGGCACUCUCCUCUGCUUGCUGUCCUGUGACGGAGGCCGUCGCGGCCUCUUGUGCGGCCCCAGCCUCGCUCUUUGCCUUGGACCUGCAGACACCUGCCCCGUUGCCACAAACAGAGAUGCCCCUCACAGGCUUUGUGACAUCCAGGAGGCAGAUGGUGCCUCGGAAGCGGGGGAUGCUCCCAUGAGGAGCCAUAAACUCCCAGUGACCCAGAAAAUCCCCGUCUUCACCAAAUUUGUCCAGGUGCUAUGAAAUAAAAUCAUUCCUGUCCCAACAGAUAUAACUCAUUAAGCUGUGUUUUUAAACUCCAUGUUAACUUUUGUCCCGUGUAGGUGCCCGCCGGGUUUGUUUCUGGCUGCGUGGAGCCACUGCGGCACCCCGAGGCCUCGGGCACGGCCCCUGGAGAUGCCCGCGGCGGCAGCAUCCACAGUAGCUCUCCCAGGAUUAAGCGAAGCCGUCCCGCAGAGCUGAGGUAGAGCUAGCACGGCUGACUGUGAAUCCCAGAGCUGAGGUAGGGCUAGCACCGCUGACCAUGAAUGCAGUUUCUUACUGUCUCCUCAGUUUGCUUUUCAGAGCCUGACCACGCACAGCGG